AUGGGAGCAAAUACUCCCAAUGCGAUACCAGCAUCAGCUCCACCUAUGGUGCCACCUGUGGCACCACCACCAAUCCAGAAUCAAAUAAGUGUCUCAUCCUCCACAUCGGACCCACGGUCCCGAGUACAGCUAUCCACGAAUCACAGGGGUGCACAGCCCAGACAGCAACGUCAACGCUCUCCCCCACGGGGGAAUGCGUCUCCACAGAGAGUCCUUCUCUUUAAUGAAGGAGAAAGCGAGGUAAACAGCAGAAUGUCUCGCCAUCUACUGAACAAUCCAAUUGGCGAAAGAAUACCCGUCCCAGCAAGACGCAGUCCUUUCACCAUAGACAUCCUCAACGAGAGAGAUAACGAAACGCUCCGCAAUUACUUCAAGCGUUUUGUAGAAGCCGUUCAUGAAGUUCCCAGUGUAGGGCAAGACAUGCUCUCCGGGAUUAUGCAACAGAACUUGAAGCCGGGUAGAUUCAAAGAAUCUAUCGCCGGAAGGCCCCCAGGCAACCUAGAGGAGUUGCUGAAUCGAGCCAAAAAAUACGUCCGGAUAGAGGAAGCCUCUACCCAUGCUCCUCCUAAAAGGAAAAGGGAAGAUGACCGUCAGGACAAUAGGAGGCGGGACGAUCGACGUCCACCACUUCCACCUCAAGGUCAACCAUCUUCCUCCUACAAUAGGUUCACUCCGCUAAACACUCGCCUCACUAAAAUCCUUCACGUGAUAGAGCAAAAAGGUUUAGCAGAGCCUCCACGUCCUAUGCAGCCAAAUGCAAAGCGAGAAAAGUCGGAUCGCUACUGUCGAUUCAAUAAGGAUAGAGGACAUACUACAGAGGAAUGUGCACAACUCAAAGUGGCGAUUGAGAGGCUGAUCAAGCAAGGCCACUUAGGCGAAUACAUUGAUAAGUCUCGAAAUAAGCGGCGUGAUGAUCUCCCACGCCGAGAUAACAAUCGAGAUCAACAGCAACGACGAGAGGAGGGGGGUCAUCGACGAGACCCAGAUAACAAUGAUAACCAACCUACCCGGGGAAUCAUCUCCUUUAUCUCCGGAGGACCAGCAGGUGGCGACUCACAAAGUGCAAGACGCACCCUCGCUCGGUCAGCACACCUUGAAGGUCGAGAUGAAGAUCAUGUCGAUGCGUUGGUAGUAACAACAACGGUGGCCAACUUCUUGGUUAAGAAGAUAUUAGUGGACGGUGGGAGCUCAGCUGACAUCAUGUACCUCCACGCUUUUAAGCAGCUGGGCAUAGAUAAUGCCCGGUUUAGUCCCAUCUCCACACCCCUGAAAGGAUUCACACGAGAGGGCAUUAUGUCCAUGGGAGAAGUGGAGCUGCCCGUCUCUUUAGGGGAAGACCCUUGUCGAAUCACCAAACUAAUCAAAUUCCUCAUCGUCGACAAGCCAUCCCCCUACAAUAUCAUCCUAGGAAGGUCAGCAAUCCAUACAUUCAAGUCAAUACCUUCCUCCUACCAUCAGAAGUGGAAAUUCCCCACUCCCUAUGGAAUGGGGGAAGUACUCGGAGAUAGACGUCUCGCCCGAGAGUGCUAUGCGAGGGCCCUCCGAGAACCUUCCAAGAAGCCUAAACCGUCCGGAAAUGGAGAUGACACUCAAAAAUCCGACAAACGGAAGUGGGUCAACGCGAUUAUUGAUGAUGAUAAAGAAAUCCUUAUCAGUGUACCAGACGACAGCAUCAAGCUAGCAGCCGUCGAAGAGCUUAAGCUCAUAGAGCUCACACCCGGAGAUAAUUCCAAGCUCAUACGAAUCGGAUCCGAUCUAGAUCCGAAGACAGAACAACAGUUGAAGCCAUUCAAACAAAGCAAACGAACAUUUGGUCCCGAACGCAACAAGCAUAUCAAAGCGGAAGUAGCAAAACUCCUUGAGGCGGGUCAUAUACGACCAGUUCAGUAUCCUGAAUGGCUAUCGAACGUAUUACUCGUUCCCAAACCGGGUGGCAAGUGGAGAUUAUGCGUAGACUUCACUUCACUGACCUCAACAAAGCUUGUCCUAAGGACCCAUUUCCUCUACCUAGCUAGAAUCGAUCAACUCAUCGAUUCGACCUCGGGGUGCGAGCUCCUCAGCUUCCUCGAUGCAUACCAAGGGUAUAACCAGAUCUUACUUGCACCAGACGAUCAAGAGAGGGCUAGUUUCAUCACUGACCAAGGCAUCUACUACUAUCAAGUCAUGCCCUUCGGGUUAAAAAACGCAGGAGCCACCUACCAACGUCUAGUGAACACAAUGUUCGCAGAUCAGAUCGGUAAAAAUAUGGAGGUGUUCAUCGACGACAUGCUCGUCAAAAGUGUCAAGGUCUCGGACCACCUAACCGAUUUAGAUCAGUGUUUCGCCACCCUGCGAAAAUAUAAAAUGAAACUCAACCCCCUCAAAUGUUCAUUCGGAGUUCGGGGUGGCAAAUUUUUGGGAUACAUGAUUUCGCAGCGGGGAAUCGAAGCUAAUCCCGCGAAAAUCGAAGCAAUUACCUCCAUGCCUCCACCAACAUCUAUCAAGAAAGUCCAACAGUUUAACGACUGUUUGGCAUCUUUGAAUAGAUUCAUUUCAAGAUCAGCAGACAAGGCCCUCCCCUUCUUCAAGAUUUUAAGGGGAGGAAAGAAAUUUGAAUGGGAUGAAGCAUGUCAAAAGGCGUUCAUUGAGCUGAAGUCGUAUCUUGCAUCCCCACCCUUGCUCACAAAACCUCAGCCCGGAGACACCCUCCUACUGUACUUAGCUACCUCAGCUGAUGCCAUCAGCGCAGUCCUAAUCCGAGAUGGAGGAAAAGGGCACCAACCCAUAUACUACAUAAGUCGCGCCCUCCAAGGAGCCGAACAACGCUAUACCAAUAUGGAGAAGCUCGCCCUCGCCCUCAUCAACACAGCUCGGAAGCUUCGACCUUACUUCCCAUCACAUCAAGUGGUGGUUCUCACCAAUUAUCCUCUGAAGCAGAUACUAAGGAGUCCCGAGACGUCCGGGCGAUUAGCUAAAUGGGCGAUAGAGCUAAGUGAAUAUGGGGUAGAAUUCAAACCCCGCCCCGCUAUCAAAGCGCAAGUAUUGGCUGAUUUUCUAGUCGAAAUGACCUCAGUAGAAGAAAGCACCUCUCUACCUACUUGGUCUGUCAGCGUUGAUGGAUCUUCCACAGCCACCGGAGGGGGAGCAGGUAUCGUACUAACGAACCCCGACGGGGAUGAAUUCGAGUAUGCUCAACGAUUCAAAUUCACAGCCUCAAACAACGUUGCAGAAUAUGAAGCAUUGAUAGCAGGAAUCCGCCUCGCCCUAGCUGCCGGAGCCCGUAAGCUCCUAAUCCAAAGCGACUCUCAGCUCGUCGUCAACCAAGUACUCGGAGCUUACGAGGACAAAGAAGACACCAUGGCCAAAUACUUAGCUCUCGCGCACACUCUGUUAUCUAAAUUCGAGGGCUACGAGAUAAGACAAGUACCUCGAUCCAGUAACAUCCAUGCUGACAAAUUAGCUAGGCUUGGAAGCUCCAUGGCAGGCAUCGGAAGUCGGAAGGUGACGCUCCUUACCUCACCUCAACCGGAGAUAACUUCACCUAGUGAAGUACAGUACACCAAGAAGGAUGAACCAUGCUGGUUCACUCCAAUCAUGAAGUAUCUCAAGAAGGGAGAACUCCCAACUGAUCCCACUGAAGCAAGGCAGUUAAAAACGAGAGCCGCUCGCUUCGUCAUAGUGGGAGAAGAAUUGUACAAACGAGGGUUCUCAUUCCCCUAUCUCAAGUGCCUCGACCCGAUCACAACAAAUUACGUACUUCGAGAAGUACAUGAAGGUAUCUGCGGAAAUCACUUGAGCGGGAGAACCUUAGCUCUCAAACUUCUAAGGCAAGGUUACUACUGGCCAACAAUGCAUGAAGACGCAAAGAAAUUAGUCCGGAAGUGUAAGCCCUGCCAAGAGCAUGCCAAUAUCCCUCACCUACCAGCAGCAUUAAUGCAACCAAUUGACAUCCCCAUCCCUUUCGCCUAA